UCGAAAUUUGAAUUUUGGCCUUCCCUAUUGCAAAAUAGAUUUAGUUUUAUAUAAUUACAGUAGGAUCAACUUAGAUAGUUAGUAAAUGUUAUUCAAAUAUUGUAUGAGCCGUACUGGUUUCGUAGGAUAUAAUUAUGGUUUCUAUCUUUGACGCUAUCACAAAUUUUGGCGCGAGUGUAUUUGAGCUCUGACUGUCAUUGUAUAGGGUUUGACAGUCGUAAAAUAUAGUUUAUUAUGGAUGGCGAUAUGCAGAAGGUAAAUCAGAUAAUAUUAUAGUUUAUAUGUGAAGUACGUACGAAACAAAUGCAGAUAUUAUUCUACGUGUACUGGUACGUCGGAUUCCCACAUGAGUGGUUAAAAGAAAAGCUUGGGAGCAGGUAUGAAGUGCCACAUACUGUAUCAGCUGAAGCAAUAGAAACUUUGACAAAACUGAAGGAAAUAAACUUAGAAUCUGAUAAAGAUGCUGAUCAGAUAAUUAUGUACCUUGAGAAAUUAACCAAGGAAAUUAAAUCUGAAGAUGAGAAAAUCCAGUCUGUGUUGAAAAAGCUUGGUCUCAGUGUAUGUGAUUUGGAAGAGAAAUCAAAGGAUGCAUUGGAGGAUCUUGUUGCCUAUCAGAUGAAAUACAACCUUAGAGAUAUCAGUAAAACAACGAUGUUGCUUGACAGAGUUGAAAGGAUGCAGAAGGAAGCAGAAGAAGCCAGGUCUUCAGCUUGCUUGAAGAGAGAAAAAGAGAGAUUAAAUUUUAUGACAGAGCGCUUGCAAAAUGCAACGGAAGAGUUAGAAAUCCAAAGAAUGAAGGAAGAGCAACAUUUAGAUAUAUUGCUUAAAGAAGUGGACAAAAAAAAGACUGAAUCAACAGAAAUGUCAUAUGAAAUAGAGAAAUGCAAGAGUGAACUUCAUGAACUGCAGAUGCAGUUGAAUGCUUUGAAUGUGACAGACAGUCCAGUGCACAGAAGAGUUCUUGAUAAACUUAAAAAUGUUGAUAUGAUGAAAAAACAAAUUGUAGAAUGUCAGACAGAGUUGAAAAAAUACAAGGGGCUUCCUCCUGACUUUUUUGAAGCAAGAAAGAAGCUUGCAGAUAUGCACAACAAAUUACGUGAGGUGGAAAAGGAAGUUCUUGAUAAAAUUUUGGGGAAAAGUAACUGCACUAUGCCUUCUCCUUUCCCCUCCCCACAUUAAGUUUUGUAUAUAAGGUUUCCUAAUGGUUUCCAAAAAUGAUGAUUGAUUAUUUUACAUAUGUAUUGGCAUGGAAUAUAGUGUUACAUAAAGUGAGUAAAAAAUUCAUGGCUUUAAA